AUGGCUGUUCCAGGUAUUGUCAUGCGUCUCUCUGAGACACCCGAGAGACCGGUAUCACCUUUCCCAGACGUCGAAGCAACGUACAUCCUCCGAGCCAAUGACGGCGGAGCGCCUUCGUUCAACACCGUCUACUUCCUCAGCGACAUCACGCCGGUACUCUCAACACCCGAAUACUACAACACCGACUUGAGCACCCACAAUGCGGAGUCAGCCUCACUUUCAUGGAAAGUGUGCGCCUACAUCAACGGUCGUGAUCGGUUCAACGGGACCAACUCCUCAGAGCCUACGCCUCAUGUUCAAUUGAAAGCCCCAGUUGCGGGCUCCAUAAUGGUGGCUAACGGGUCUACUCCUCGAGCGGACAAGGAACAAGAUUACCACGAUUGGUAUGACCAUGAGCAUGGAGAAAAGCUGACUCUAGUCCCGGGUUGGAAUGCGGCCAGACGGUACGGUUUGGUGAAGGUGUAUGGAGAGGUGGAAACGGCGAAGUUUUACGGGUUGAACUUUUACGACAAAGUGAAUGGAUUGGGAGGCCCCGAGUGGAAGGCUGGUGUGACGGAGUGGACUCUGCGUAUCCGGAGCAAUGCGGCUAAGCCUAAUAUUCGGAGGGUCUGGAAAUUUGAAACCCCUGACAUGGUAUGA